AUGAAUUUCCUUUCUUCUCGAGCAGUGUUCGUUCCUCUUUGGUGCUGGUGCUGCACAGCCGUCCUCUCGUUCCCUUUGAUCAGCCGUCAGCAGGCAGUCUCCGAUGUGGACGUGUUGCAGUUUGCCUUGACGCUGGAACACCUCGAAAACACCUUCUACAAACAAGCGCUGGCGCAAUUCUCCGAGGUCGACUUCAUCGCCGCCGGCUUUGACGCUUCCUUCUUCGUCAACCUGCAGUUUGUCGCCCACGACGAGGAGCAACACGUUGUCUUCCUGCAGCAGGCCAUCAGCCAGGCUGGCGCCACGCCCGUCGCUGCGUGUCAGUACACUUUCCCCUUCACCGACGUCGCCAGCUUCGUCGGUCUCGCGACUGUGCUCGAGGGCGUCGGCGUAUCGGCCUACCUAGGCGCGGCCAGCAUCAUCUCCUCGAAGGAGAUUCUUAAUGCAGCUGCUGCGAUCACUGUCGCAGAGGGCCUGCAUCAGGCCGUCCAGCGCGCUAGCAUCCUGGACGUCGUGUCCGCCAACAUCGCCGGCACACCACUCUCGCCCAAUGCCGUCUUCACCAUCGCGUCAGCUUUCAUCCAGUCCUGUCCAUCGACGAAUGCUGAGCUGCCAUUCAGUGCGUUCCCAGAGUUGACAGUCGUCGGUUCAGCAGCAGCAGCAACUGCAGCUUCGACAUCAGUAUCCGUCAACUCCGUCGCGACUUUAGCCAUCAGCAGCAGCAGUACUUCCAGCAUCAGCCUCCCUCAACCAUCUUCGUCACCUUCAUCAGCGGCCUCAGCGUCGUCAGCGUCCCGGGAGAGAUCGUCAACGGCAACAGCAACGGUUCCGCCGCAGCAGUGGCAGCUACGAUUCCUGCGCAGGCCCAGGGGCAGACAUUCGCCCUGCUGA